AUGACCCUGACAAGUACUCCUCUGAAAAGGCCUUUUAGCCUGUCUCUCGAAGCCUCAGUGAGAGUAGCCCCGCUGUGCACACCCGAUGUUACAGGCAUUAUCUUAAGGGCUGUCGUGGGGCUUAUUCCACUCGUUAAUAAGGCCAUAGAAAAUGUCUGCCGAUAUCAUAUUUCGGUCUGCAUUGGUAAGCCAUUGCUUCCGCCAUUCAUGUACAAUUUAAAGUACCUUGGUUCAUUCCUUUUCGACGCUGGUGGCCCACUUUCUCGAUCGGAGUUUGUGAGGAGCAAACUUCGUUCAAUGAAGUCUUAUUCCUGCUACAAGCCAAUUACGCUCUGCAUCUCGAUUUCGGGUGUCAAAACUGUCUUUAUGGCUCAUGCUCUACGACGAAUAUCUUAUGCCACAUGUGACCCAGCCUCCUGCAGUUUUGCCUUUUUGGCUCGUGAAGCCAGUGCUGAUGCUCCAGACCAGUACUGUCACAUUUUUGCGACGGAAUCCCCUGUAAAGGUACUUUUCGAUUCUCCUCCCAUUUUUUAA